CUUUCCUCUGUCUAAAUGCGUGGUGUUCCUUUUUUUAUUAUUACCGGCUGUUUGGGAUUGAUCUUGGCAUCUUUUCACAUAGCGCUCGCUUUCGUAUCGAACAGAAACAAACAUUCAAGUUCCAUCGUUACGCUACGAAGGAUGCCCAACGACAAUGAGCAAUCCUUCUAAUAGGGAUUCCUCUUGGUUUGAUAGAGACAACGACGAGGAGGUUUCGAUUUAUCCUUCCGUCGUGGAGGUGGAAUCUAUUUAUAUUCCUAGCUGUGACGAAGUUUUUGCACGAGUUUCAUCCUUUACUAACUGUAAGGCGGGAAUCUUCGACGCCCACAGCGAAGAUUUGAACCAAUUAAGACGAACCUCGUCAUCCAAAGUCUUCCUUGGAGAUAGCGUUAUCUGCAAGGGAGGGCAAGCAAAGCCGCCUCCGUCGUUUUCUGUGCAAAGCUCCGAGUCUGCUACGAGAAAACCGGGUUCAGUGGCUGUAAGUGGAAGCGGCUCAGAAUUAGAAAGACAGUCAAGCUACCGUAAAGCUGGCCAGCGACAUCAGUCCAUCCAAGAAGUCGAAAUUAGUCCAGGUGUAUUCUUGCCUCUACAUGGAUCAGAAGAGACUAUUCAAGAAAUGGAGAGCGGUAGCCUGAUUACGGCAAUUUGUUUUUGCUGCGCUCAAAGAUUGAGCUGUGUUUCCUUAGCUAGCUAUGUUUUGUGUCCUUGUUGCCGUGUGAUCUCGCCGCUGGAAAGCAGUAACAGUGGUGGCGUUGGUCUUGGACUUUUUGAUAAGAAUAUUGAAUGUUGCGGUGGGUCACAAGUUGUUCCUGAAGUAUCUGACAGCGCUCACGGUCGAGUCGAAGACUAUGCUUGUAAUGCAUACGUGCACUAA